AUGACCUCUUCUCCUUCUUUUCUUCUUGAACUUUCAGCCCCAGCAUCCUCUCCCCUGGAAAAAUGUCAUAGCGACUUGCCCUUACCUCCCGGGGGGAAAGAAUUCAGUCCUGUCCUCACCCUCAAGCUGCCUCUGUCGAACACGAAAGGUUUCAGCGACCACUCUGCCCAUGCUGCCGGCCCUUCCCCAAACGCAGGCAAAAGGUGCAACGACCCCCCUCAUCCCAAAAGGUGCAAUGGCUCCUCUCACCCCAAAAACCCUUUCUCUUGCCACACCGGCGCGUCCCCCCUCCCACCUCGACGGAUCCCUUUACCCCCUCCACCUUCCUCUCCACCCCCACGGGGGAGAUGUUCUCUUGAACCCUUCUCCCCACUCCUUGGAAGGCUCUACUGCCACGACACCAGCCUCUCUGGUUCAUCGCCUCCGAGCCCUUGCUUUGACCCGUGCAGCCAUCUGGGGUCACCCACUCUCCCUCAGCGGAGCCCUUAUUGCAGCUGGGUCAGUUCCCCAAGACCACAGCGUCCUUGUCCUCAAAACCCUUGCUUUGACCAGCAUACUUACCUUUGUUACUGUAGUCCGGUGAUCUCCCCUCCCCUCCCCCAUCGGCUCCCAGGAACCAGCCCAGUGACCUCCCCUCAGCUCAUUCAUGUACCCCUAGAAACUGUCCCCGUGGUUUCACCUCCCCUCACUCAGGAAGCCAAGGGAACUUGCGCUGUGAUUUCACCUCCUCUUACUCAUAGGCUCCCAGUAACUGGCGUUACCGUUUCACCUCCUCUUGCUUGCCACCCAGUGGAAACUAGACCUAUAAUCUCUACAACAGUUUCUCAUAGGGUUUUGGAAACUGGGUCCAUGGUCUCCCCGCUAUUCCCUCAUUGGUCCUCAGGGAGAAGUUACAAUGAUCCUCCUCUUUCUGCAGCUUCAACACCUACUGGCAGCCUUUACCAUGGCCCCCUUAAGCCUCCAGACUCUUGUGAACCCAAACCACAGCUUGACCUGCCCCUUGGGAAAAACUGUUAUGGUGCCUCACUUUCUUCUCAGGCAGGCAUGCCUGGCUUUCCCAGCUCACCUCAGGAGGGCUCUUUUCAUUACUCCCAUCUUUCCUCAGAGGCCCACUUAUCUGCCCCUGGGAACCCUUACUGUGCCAUCCUCAUACCCCCUGAGAGUACUGGUUCUCCUACCUCAUCCCAGUCCCAGGCUCCCAGGAAGCCUUGCUUUGAGUCCUUUCUCUCCUGGGAGUCUGAUGGGAGCUCUUAUGUAUUCCUAACCCCAGGUACCAGGAUUUCUGUUCCUCCUUGUCCUCCAGAACCAUCUCUUCCUCACUAUCCUUAUUCUGCUUUCUACUUCCCUUCAUCCCUGGGCAACCAGUUUAUAGCUCCACCCCAGUCACCCUCCCGCAGAAGCUAUAAUGAACCCCCUCUCCCUAAUCCAGUUCCCCUCCAAGCAAAGUCCCCCAAAUUCUCAGAGUCAAGACAGCCACGCACUCCCCAUAGAUGUCUUUCCCUAGACAACACUCCCCAGCACACCCCUCUUGGCCAGACCAAGCCCCCUAAGGCCAGUACCUCUCCUCUCACUCCCUCCCGCCCCUCUGGCCUUUCUGGUUCUUCUUGUACAGAGCCAUGCAUCACAACUCCUUCAAAUUCCGGUCCCAAAGAACAUCCUCCAGGGAAUGCUGUACUACACCCUGUGGUCCCUGGACUCAUCAAAACUGUUGCCCCUUCUUCCCUUCCCGACUGCUUGCCUUGUGAGCCUGUCUUACCCAGUAAUUUUGCUAAGAGCAGUCUCCAUAGACCCUCCAUGAUGUCCCCCUGCAAUACCCAUAUGUACUCUAUGGUUCCCCCCCCAUCCCAUCCGUACCCACUCUCUGGCUCCCUCAGUCACUCUACAGGCCCCCCUCAGUGUCUUAACCACCCCCUGGUGCCCCCCUGUGGCACCUAUAAUGCUCCCAGAGGCCCACCCCUACUCCAUCGCAAGCCUGUGGUGCCUCCUUGUUCUACCCACAUCUAUUCUUUCAUCCCUCUGAGAACACCCUUUGACCCCCAAUGUUUACCAAUUGUCCCCCGAACUUGGCCCUGCCCUGAUUCCAUCCCCUGUGGCCUUCAUACCUGCUCUGUGGCUGCUCAACGUCCCCUGAAAGAACCCUGUCAGGUCUCCUACAGCUGCCCUAUGCCUUCAUCCAAGAACUCCACCUGUAGCACUAAGACCAGUUGUAGUUCAACAGUUACCAGUGUUACCAGUGCAUGCCAGAGUAGUGAGAGCCUGAGCAAGAAUCAGAGUAUCCGCCUUAGCAGAAGUCGGAGCCACAGCAAGAGUCCUCAUAAAAGUAGGAGCCGGAGCAGUAGUCCUCACCGAGGCAAAAUUCACAUCCAGGGUGUGAGCCUUAAGGGCCAAAAUUGCAGUACUCACCAUGACAGAAGUCGGAAGAAGAGCAAGAGUCCCAAUAGUGGUAAAAAUCAGUGCCGGAGCAAGAGUCCCUACCAUAGCAAAAGUCAUGGUCAGAGCAAGAGUCCCUGCAGUAACAAGAAAUGUGGGCCAGAGCAAAAAUUCUGACCAGAACAAAAACCCAGGCCAGAGCAGUCACAGGCAGUAACAAGACUGUUGGCAAUAGCAAGCAUCCUAACUGCAGCAAUC